UACACUUUCUGUGUGCACACGACACAACCAGUUCUCUCCGCUCUUGCACUCCCCCUGCAAGUAAACCCAAACCCGAUUACCCGACAGCGUGGAAGAACACAGGAAUCCAAUCAAAGCCAAAAUCCUAAGCUCCGAUGUCGACGUUGACAGUAAGUGUAAAGUGGCAGAAGAAAGUAUUUCCUGCUGUGGAAAUCGACACCACUCAGUCCCCGUAUGUCUUCAAAUGCCAAUUGUAUGACCUAACUGGAGUACCACCUGAAAGGCAAAAGAUUAUGGUAAAAGGUGGUUUACUGAAGGAUGACGCAGAUUGGCCAAAAGUAGGAGUAAAGGAGGGCCAAAGAUUAAUGAUGAUGGGGACUGCCGAUGAGAUAAUCAAGGCUCCAGAAAAAGGUCCUCUUUUUGCUGAGGACAUGCCAGAAGAAGCUCAAGUUGUCAAUAUGGGUCAUUCUGCUGGCUUAUUUAAUCUUGGAAACACCUGCUACAUGAACUCCACAGUGCAGUGCUUGCAUUCAGUUCCGGAGUUAAAGUCUGCUUUAACUAAUUAUCCACCAUCUGGUGCUGGCAACAACGUGGACCAGUCUUCUCAUCAGUUGACAGUUGCUACACGAGAUUUAUUUAUUGAGCUUGAUAAGAAUGCUAAACCAGUUGCUCCGAUGCAAUUUUGGAUGGUAUUGCGGAAGAAGUAUCCUCAAUUUGGCCAGCUGAACAAUGGAGCCUUCAUGCAGCAGGAUGCUGAAGAAUGCUGGACACAACUUCUAUACACACUUUCUCAGUCUCUCAAAUCAUCAAGUUCUAGUGAAGAGCCGGAUACUGUGAAGGCACUCUUUGGUAUCGAGUUUGUAAGCAGGGUUCAUUGCACAGAAAGUGGCGAAGAAAGUACAGAGAGAGAGUCAGUUUAUUCACUUAAAUGCCACAUUUCACAAGAGGUGAACCAUUUGCAUGAGGGCUUAAAACGUGGUUUGAAAUCAGAACUGGAAAAGGCUUCUCCUGCUUUGGGACGCAGUGCAAUUUAUGUAAAAGACUCACGCAUUAAUGACUUGCCGAGGUAUUUGACUGUUCAAUUUGUACGUUUUUUCUGGAAGAGGGAAUCAAAUCAGAAGGCAAAAAUCUUGCGGAAGGUGGACUAUCCAUUGGAGUUAGAUGUUCUUGAUUUGUGUUCAGAUGAUUUAAGGAAGAGAUUGGAAACUCCUCGUCAAAUUCUUCGAGACGAGGAAGGUAGAAAACUUGGUCUGAAGGUUGAUCAGAAGAGCUCUGGUUCAGACACUGAUGUCAAGAUGACCGACAAUGAGGAAUCAGCAAAUGGUAACGGUGGAACAUCUAAAGAUUCAUCUCUGGAAGGCAAAGAAGUGCAUUUAACUGGAAUUUAUGACCUGGUUGCGGUGUUGACGCACAAAGGUAGAAGUGCUGACUCGGGGCAUUAUGUUGCAUGGGCGAAGCAAGAAAAUGGGAAAUGGAUCCAGUUUGAUGAUGAUAAUCCGAUUCCCCAACGCGAGGAAGAUAUCACAAGGCUUUCAGGAGGGGGUGACUGGCAUAUGGCUUAUAUUUGCAUGUACAAGGCCCGACUUGUCGCAAUGUAAUUUUGAUUGUUGUUGGAUGGGAUCAUGUCAUUACAAGAAGUAUGAUAAACAUCUUCAUAUCUUCCAUUGUGUUAUUUUUUUUGUCAAUAUCAAUGAGUCAUGUUCAAUCUGUACGCUAAAUCCUUUGUGCUUUUUCUGUGAUGAACUUAUUAUGUGACAUUUCCAGAUAAUGGUUAUCCUUUUUAUUCUCGCUUUUA